CUAGCUUAUAUCAUGAGGAAACGCUCUACAUCAGUCGCAUCAAUCAUUCUUCUCCCUGUCCUUAUCUUCUCCCUUUUUCUUAUCCAUGUUCAAGGGAAGUUGAAUGAAGCUGGCUGUUCUUCUUCCUGUGGAGAUAUUGACAACAUCAAGUACCCUUUUCGCGUUAGAGGCGAUCCAUCCGGCUGCGGUGACCCCGACUAUGAAUUCUCAUGUGUCAACAACAAAACCAUCCUCGAAAUAUUUCCGGGCAAAUACUAUGUCAAGAGCAUUUCAUACACUGAUAAUCUACUCCAUUUAGUUGACGUCAACUUCGCAAACGGAAGCUGCAGCCUCCCAUCUGGUUCUCUUAAAAAUAGGGAUGGUGUUGCCCAAGACUUUCGUUACAAGGGUGAAGUCGACUUCGCAACUGAAUCUCUUAUCCGAUUUGUCAAGUGCUCUAGUAAUGUCACACUGCAGUUUAAUCAGACACUGCAUUAUAACUACACGGAGGUUCCUUGUUUGUCAAGAAAUGGAACUUACAUGUAUGCUGUUGUAGAUGGAAGGUACGAGGCUAACAAUUAUCCACGGACGUGCUCGCUUGUUUCGCUGGCUCCGGUGAAUUAUCAUGAUGAACUUUAUAAGAAGAUCCCUACUUAUGAAGCCGUAGCGAAAGCGUUGCAGGCCGGGUUUGAUAUCGGAUGGUCUGUUGAGUGCAGGGAUUGUUCUUUGGCUGGUAAGUAUUGUGUAUACGGUCCCAAAGCAUCGGACACUAGGCCUAUCAUAUUCGAAUGUCAAAAGGAGUACCAUGAAAUCACAAGGUUUGAAGGAAAUUUGAUCAUUGCGGGAAUCGUUGUGGGAGGUGUAAUUGGUCUAGUUAUUAUAGUGGCUGUGUUGGUGUGUGUUAUCUGCAAAUGUAAGAAACGAAAACAGCAGCCGAAGAAGAAUCUGCAGAACCAGCAAUCAUCGACACUCUGAAUCAGCAAUUCUUUGUAGAAGUUAACAUACACCCUCUAAGCCAAUCAGCUGUAAUAUGCUAUGUGAUACAGUUAAAUGUAAAAAAUGCCUGUUAGUUAACGAGUAGUAUACAAUUUGUGGGAUAUAGUUUUGUCUUUGAGACUAGUCUAAUGUAAUUCAUUUGUCAUUCUUUGUGUCAAAUACUCUGUAAAUGUGAAGACUAUAUCCGUUUGUUAGUCUUAAUGAAUUUCGAGCUCCCUUUAGAAUUUGGCAAUUUGACA